AUGCCGAACGUGCAAGCACGAGGAGCCUAUACACCUCUCACGGACGGAAACGAUGAUGAAUUUUAUGGAGAGGAGGAUAUUAGUCUUGUUACAAAUCCAAUGAGAGUAAAUGAUGAAGAGGUACACGGUAAUAAUCAUCACGGAGGAAAUGUGCCCACUUCUUCGGAACGAAAAUUUGUAUCCUUUGCAGAGAAAGUGAGCCGAACAGAAACUAAAAAGUUAAUGAAAGGAAUACCAAGAGAUGCAUUCUCUCUCGCUAGGAUCAUGUUUUUAUUGAUGGGCUCUGGAAUUUUAGUUCCUGGAAUUUGCUAUCAAUUGGCAGUCGAUUGGUUUUCUGUGAUAUUUCCAUCACAGGGUGAUUCCGAUUCUUUCAAUCUCUUAGAUUUUAUAGAAUAUAUAUUGAGCUUGGGAUUCAAUAUUGGACAAUUAGCGGCAAUACUAUUAUAUACAAUAUUUAUGUGGAGAAAAUCUGUACAUACUCUGAAAGCACAAACUUUUACUGUCGAACAAUUUAUUUUCAUGGGUUACGCUCUAAAUUUUGUCUGUGUGAUGGUAACUCUAUUUAUCAACAUUGUACUGGUCAUGCAAUAUGGAUUCGAUAAUAAGGAUGAGACCUAUGACAAGAUUUUCAUGCUGGCCUGUAUCAUUGUUUUAAACUGUUUGGUUGGUGUGGGAAGUGGAGUAUUAAGUUCAGCAGUCAUUUCUUUUGCUGCCAAUUUUACAUGGAAAUAUACAGUCUUCUUUUUGGUGGGAUUGAGCUUGGGAAAUGCCGUCUUGUCAGUUUUUAGGAUAUUUUCAAGACUCAUAUGGUAUGACACUGCACAAGGUUUAUUUAAUAGUAUUAUUCUAUUUUUCUCAUUCAGUGCCAUCAUUCAGGUGAUUUGUAUCAUUGCUUUUAUUUAUUUACUGAGACUUCCCAUUACAAAGUAUUGUAAGGAACACUAUGUGAAUAUGCAAACACCCAAUCGAGACUUGGAUGAACAAAUUCGUGUCAGUCGAUUGGAAAAGGACAUGAUUAUGGAGCAGAAAAUGAAGGAAGAAGCUGACAAUGUUUCAUAUAAAUCUUCCUCAGAAUCGAACGAUCUUCCAACUGCCUCAACUGUUGGAGCAAUUAAUAAUGGUGGUGGUGGUGAGGGCGAAGAAACUGAAGACAAUACACAAACAGAAAUAACAGAAAAACCUCAAGAACCAGAAGACUCGAAUAUUAACGAAUUGAGCAUGACAUGGAUAUCAUUGAUGAAGCGACUUUGGUCUCCAGGUCUUGGAAUUUUCAUUACUUUUGUAACUACCUUCUCACUGGCUCCUGGACUCAUUACAGAUAUCAAAUUUUAUCAUGACAAUAAGAGCUCUUGGAAUCCGAUUGUCACAUUAUCGAUUUUCAACAUUUUCGAUUGCAUUGGACGAGCAUUGCCCAACUGGAAGAGAACCAUCCUGUUAACUCACAAACAAUUAUGGGUGUUGAUUCUAUUACGAUUGGGAUUUAUUCCAACAGUUAUAUUUUGUGUGAAUCCUCUCCUCAUCAAUCAACCCAUUUGGUAUGCCAUUAUUUUGGCUCUCUUUGGACUUACGAAUGGAUAUUGUUGCUCGAUUGGUAUGGCCAGCGGACCAUCCAUUGUGAAGGCUGCACAACAAGAAAAGGCUGCUUACAUGAUGAGUUUCUUCCUUAAUUUUGGAUUAUUUAUUGGAUCUGCCAUCGGUAUUGGAGUGGGCUAUUUGGUGCACUUUACGUGGUAA